UUGCCCGGGGCUGUGAAAGGAAGCGGCGGAGUGUGGGGGGACUUACCCCCCCUCCUCCCCCCCCAGGUCGUUGCUAUGGGCAACCGAGGAAUGGAAGAGCUGAUCCCGCUGGUGAACAAGCUCCAGGAUGCCUUCAGCUCCAUCGGACAAAGCUGCCACCUCGACCUGCCGCAGAUCGCCGUGGUGGGCGGCCAGAGCGCGGGCAAGAGCUCCGUCCUCGAGAACUUCGUCGGCCGAGAUUUCCUGCCCCGUGGGUCUGGAAUUGUUACCCGAAGACCUCUCAUUCUUCAGCUUAUCUUUUCUAAAACAGAAUAUGCAGAAUUUUUGCACUGCAAAUCUAAGAAGUUUACAGACUUUGAUGAAGUCCGAACGGAGAUUGAAGCUGAAACUGAUAGGGUGACAGGAACAAACAAAGGCAUUUCUCCCAUUCCUAUUAACCUGAGAGUAUAUUCACCACAUGUGCUGAAUCUAACCCUGAUCGAUCUUCCGGGUAUCACUAAAGUGCCAGUGGGUGACCAACCUCAGGAUAUAGAAUACCAAAUCAAAGAUAUGAUUUUACAGUUUAUUAACAGAGAGAGCAGCUUGAUUCUUGCUGUGACUCCAGCCAAUAUGGAUUUGGCCAACUCUGACGCGCUCAAACUGGCUAAAGAAGUUGACCCACAAGGCUUAAGAACAAUUGGAGUAAUAACCAAGUUAGACCUGAUGGAUGAAGGCACUGAUGCCAGAGAUAUCUUGGAGAAUAAAUUGUUGCCUCUGCGGAGAGGCUAUAUUGGAGUUGUGAACCGGAGCCAGAAGGAUAUCGAUGGUAAAAAGGAUAUCAGAAUAGCAUUGGCAGCUGAACGCAAGUUCUUCCUUUCCCAUCCUGCUUAUAGACACAUGGCUGAUCGCAUGGGAACUCCCCAUUUGCAGAAGGUCCUGAACCAGCAAUUGACAAACCAUAUCCGGGACACCCUACCAUCCCUGCGUAGCAAACUGCAGAGUCAGCUGCUGUCACUUGAAAAGGAGGUGGAGGAAUAUAAGAAUUUUCGUCCUGAUGAUCCUACACGGAAAACCAAAGCCUUGCUGCAAAUGGUCCAACAGUUUGCAGUUGAUUUUGAGAAGAGAAUUGAGGGGUCAGGAGACCAAGUGGAUACACUAGAACUCUCAGGUGGAGCCCGAAUAAAUCGAAUUUUUCAUGAGAGAUUCCCCUUUGAGUUAGUCAAGAUGGAGUUUGAUGAGAAAGAUUUGCGACGUGAAAUCAGCUAUGCAAUCAAAAACAUCCAUGGCAUAAGGACGGGACUAUUCACACCAGACUUGGCAUUUGAAGCCAUUGUGAAAAAGCAGGUGGUGAAGCUGAAAGAGCCUUGUUUGAAGUGUGUCGACUUGGUUAUUCAGGAAUUAAUCAAUACAGUUAGGCAGUGUACCAGUAAGCUUGGUUCCUAUCCCAGGUUGCGAGAAGAGACAGAGAGAAUUGUUACUACAUACAUCAGAGAACGUGAAGGAAGAACUAAAGACCAGGUUUAUGAGAGUUUUCAGAAUGUUAUUGCUCGAGCCAUUGCUCUGCCACGGGUCUGCAACACCAAUCUCAAGGGUCUAGGCAAAAGUCUUCUUGUGGGACCCCACGAGGUCAUCCGGACCAACCCGGUUCCGCAGCUCCCAGAGAGCACAGAUCAGCUUCCCCCUCAACGCUCCUUGCUGCGCAAAGCCAAAGCCGCGGCAGAUCUGGACAGUACCCCAGAUCCUAACCAGGCUGCUGCCACGCCUAGCACUAGUGGGGGGACCAAGAAGGGGCUUUUCCACAGGCCUCAGGUUGAGAAGGAUGAGAUUCCUACCCCAGACCUCUUCCUGGAGGUGCUUAAGUCGCAGUGGGCUAAGCCUGCUACCUUCCCCACUCCAGGGAACUACGAUCACGGGUUUUACAAUCUUAAUGCAACCUUCGCCCAAGCCCUACAGGUUCCUUCCGUGGAUAUUCGAGUGAUGACGGGGGAUAUCUCCAACUGCCUGAAGGCGGAGGAUAAGAAGGCAGAACUUGUCCUGCGCAAGACCUUUCAGGCCGUGACACGUGCGGCUGUUGCAGGACAUUACGAAACUGGGCGGCCACCCAGUUUUCGGCUGACACCACGUUGGAUGCGUGCACAGCAAAGGAACACCCAGGCGAAUAAGAAAAGAGCAAUUCCAAAUCAGGGUGAGAUACUGGUCAUCCGGCGAGGCUGGCUGACCAUCAACAACAUUAGCAUCAUGAAAGGAGGCUCCAAGGAAUAUUGGUUCAUCUUAACAGCAGAGAGUUUGUCUUGGUACAAAGAUGAAGAGGAGAAAGAGAAGAAAUAUAUGCUGCCUCUAGAUAACCUAAAAAUAAGAGAUGUGGAGAAGGGCUUCAUGUCUAACAAGCAUGUCUUUGCCAUUUUUAACACAGAACAAAGAAAUGUAUACAAAGAUCUGCGUCAGAUUGAACUUGCCUGCGAUUCUCAGGACGACGUGGAUAGCUGGAAGGCCUCCUUCCUUCGUGCUGGAGUUUAUCCUGAGAAAGACCAAGUAGAAAAUGAAGAUGGAGCUCAGGAAAACACCUUUUCCAUGGAUCCUCAACUGGAACGCCAAGUAGAAACUAUCCGCAAUCUCGUUGAUUCAUACGUUGGGAUCAUCAACAAAUCUAUCCGAGACCUUAUGCCAAAGACGAUAAUGCAUCUCAUGAUAAAUAAUACCAAGGAUUUCAUCCACUCGGAGUUGCUGGCCUACUUAUACUCCUCUGCAGACCAAAACAGCUUGAUGGAGGAGUCAGCAGACCAGGCACAGCGCAGGGACGACAUGUUGCGAAUGUACCAUGCCCUGAAGGAAGCGUUGAAUAUAAUUGGAGACAUCACCACCAGUACAGUUUCCACCCCAGUUCCUCCUCCUGUGGAUGAUACGUGGCUGCAGUCGGGAGGUGGUGGGCACAGCCCAACAUCUCAGCGCAGGCCUCCUUCUACCGUGUUGCCUCCAGGAAGACCCCCAGCUGUGAGGGGACCCAUGCCUGGUCCUCCCUUGAUUCCAGUGCCAGCAGCAGGCUCAUCCUCCUUCGUGGCACCACCCAUUCCUUUGCGUCCUGUAGCACAAAAUGCAUUUAUUACUAAUAAUGAACCUUUCCCAGCCCCGCCUCAAAUUCCCUCCCGGCCGGCACGUAUUCCACCUGGUAUACCUCCAGGUGUGCCCAGCAGAAGACCUCCUGCAGCACCAAACCGGCCUACCAUUAUCAGACCAACUGAGCCUUCCUUACUGGAUUAACCACGAUCACUACUCAGAGGAGAAGGCAACCUUGCUUCUUAAUCUUAUGGAAAGAACUCAUGCUUAAUCUUUAGUGUAAUCCUUUAUGUGCCUUGGCUUAUAACUGACCGGUUACAAAGAGCAGAAGCUCUUUGUAAGUGGUCAGUUAUAUGUCAAGCACAUUUCCCCCAUUUCUUCUCCUCCUCCCUUUCUUUCCAAUAACAAUAACACAACCAUAGCAACAGACGUCAAGAAAUAGAUGCUGUCGGUUGAUUACCUGUAAAUAGCUCCGAGAAGCCAAGCAUUCCUGUUCUAUUUCUCUCUGUGUCCCUGGGUCUUGGCUAGGAAAGGAUUUAAUGACCAGAGUCUUCCCUUCUGGGAAGAGGAGGGUUGAUUUCUUCCCGGUUUUUCAUGGUGGCCGUACCACAUGGGAACAUGGACGCUUCUGUUUUGUGGAAUUGUUUUGCACUUUGUUGGAAAUAGAGAAACCACCCCCAGGUACUUGAGUGAUUGUGAUGAGAAUGCCUGCAAAUGUGUAAAACUAGAGAGAUUGUAUUUCCACUAACACUUGUUAGAAUCUCCCGCCAUUAAUGUUGAUUGGAUCUAUUCUCCCUGCCACCCUUUUGAUUCCUUAGUUAUAAUAUAUGUGAAAUCUUCCUCUCAGACUUUUAUCUUUCCACCAUGGCAUUUUAGUACAAUAUUGAUCAAUAUUUCAUAUAGCUCUGAAAAAUAAUGGAACAGCAAAUAAAAAUGGCUAAUAAAUCCGAUUUACGAAACUGAAGAUUUUAUCAAACAGAAUCAUUGGAAAGAGGAAUGCAUCAAAUUGUUUUUGAGUCUCAGGUAUAGUGCUGAUUUAUGCAUGCCACCCUUUGCACAACCAGUGAGGAUGCUUCAAUGGAAGAGACAAACUUAGUUUGCCAGAUACAAUUUGGGAUGAGCUUGAUGUAAUACUAGAAAAGAACAAUGGCCAGUUGCAGAUGAUUUAAUCAUUUUAAUAUGAAAUUGGCCAGGAUAAUUACUCAAUCUCCAACAGAGAAGCGGUGAGAAGCUGUGAUCUUUGCAGAGAUGACGAGAUACGGAAAAAUGUUCCUACUUCCCGAUGCAGAUUUUUUUUGUCCUUCAGUUCAGCUGAAGUAUAUUUGCUUCUCGGUUGAGGCAGAUUCUUUGUGGCAAACACUGUCCCAGGAUAGAUUAGAUUUCCCCCUGCCCCACAGAAACUCUCAUAGGAGUCUAUGGUCUCUGAAAAGGCUUUUUUCUUUCUUUUUAAUGUUGGCUACUCUUAUCUUUAGAACCAUCAUUAUUCCAAGAGUUUGUGGAGCGAGACGGAAGCCUUGUCAACAGAAAGCAAUCUGCCCUCUCUGGGCGACGGUUGUAUAUAUUUCUUCAUAAAACGGACUGUAUUGGCACUUCUUUGAUUCUAGUUUUUUUUUUUUUUAAAAGAAGACCUCAGUUACUUCUCAGCCCACUCCCACUUAACACACCUUUGCCCUUCCUAAGAUAAGAUCUGUGGAACAGAGACAUCUGCCUUAAUGCUUCCUUCCAGUGACGCCUCUCUCUCUCUAUGUGAACAGAAACAGAAAUGGCUUGCUUCACGUCUUACAGCAAAUGACUUUUCCGGAGUGCUAACUUUGUGCCUUUAUUCUUGCUUAAAUCCUAUGUCAAUAACCAGCACUGCCUUCCUGUAAAUGUCCCUCUAUUGCCAAAGUCGUUACUAAGGGCUUUGAACCUCUUUUGCAAUAUAUUUCUUCUCCAGAAACAGGUGCUUGCCAUGUAGCAUGGACUUCUCUGAUUAGUUGUCUCGAUUCUUUGUUACCAUAUGUGAAGGGGUUAUAUUAUAUAUCUUUCUAUCUUUAAAAGGAAAAAAAAAGAAGCUCCCAGCAGUUUGAAAUAAGUGCCUCCUUAUGUAUCCGAUUAAUAAACUAAAAUAAAGGGAAAUUCUGUUGGUGGAAGGUCUCUACCAAAUUGUGGUGUUGGCUUUUUAUGCAUUUAUUUUUAAAUUCUAUUAGUUCUGAACACUUAAUAACUAAUGGGCUGGGAAUGAAUAGAAAAAUAUAAGUUCACGUUUCUGUUAGCUAACAUGUCCAAAUAACAAUAAUCGGAGUAAUUAUCUGAUUUCUUGUGCCAUUUGAUAUUAUUUCUGACCUGGAGGUUAGUGGUAUCCAAUCUAUUAAAAGCAACUGAAUUUACAAACUACAAAAUUAAUGACAUUAAUGCAGCUAACAUCGUUAUCCUACCUUUUGUAUGGACAUUUACAAGUAUUCAUCAUCUCACAAUUAAAAGUGUAUUUUGAAAGUGAUUUUUAUAGGAUCCAGUGGAAGAAAUGGAGCAGGUCCACUAAAGUACUGCAGAACUUUUAUCAACCUCCGUAAACAGGAAAACCGUUUCAUACGGAGAGGCAUCAUCAGUUGCCUCUCUCAAAGGAGAUGGACGCCUAGUUUUGCAGACAAAGGAGGCCUUUCAACACGUAAGCAAGAAAUUAAUUCAAUUCCUCCUACAGAAGGAUACAUAUAAUACCUAUAAGUUACCCAGAUUUAUAGUUAUAGUUUCAUAUAUUUUAUGCCUAUAAUAAUCAUGAAAAAUAGCAGAUUUUAGACACAUAUUUUCUAAUAUAUUUUUAUAACAUUCAAAUUUUGAUGUUAAAUUUAUCUUUUACAAAUACAUAGACAGAGUAACAGGGGAAGAAAGGUUUUCUAAUCCAAUUUUAUAUCCCAAAUUAACACAUUUUGUCCAAUGUGUCAUUUUUAUUUCUUCAUGCAUUAUUUUUCUAAAGUAUUUCUGCCCUUGCCCAUUUCCCAUUGUAUUAUGUCCAUGUAUAUCAUUGUCCCAAUCUGUUAAAUUUCACAUCCAAUGACAUGAUGUUAUGUUUUAGAUUUCAUUUUGAUGGCAAUUUACAUAUUUGCUUUUUAAAAUGUAGGUUUUCUUUAAUGCCUAAAAUGUGUACUACAGUCAAGUCCUCGAAUAAAACAUUGGGUUCCA